AUGCAUCAAAUUCCCAUCUGGGUUUUCUUCAUUUCAUUCUUUCUUAUUAUUCAGACUACAGAUUCAUUGGAUGGUAACACCACAAGAUCAUUGUAUAACUUUCUUGCAAAACUGUCUAACUUUAAUGGAUGCCCUGAUCAUCGUCUGAAUUGGAAUUUAUCCACUGAUCCAUGCAAGGAUGAAUGGGAAGGUGUAUCCUGUGAUUUACAUGCGAAUAAUUCUGUGCAAAGUAUAUCACUUGAUGAUUCAAAUCUUUCUGGUGUUUUUGAUGCUACUUUAGUUUGCAACGUGGAUUCACUGGCUUCAUCUCUCAAUAUUAUUAGUCUUGAAAAGAAUAGUCUUGCUGGGGAGAUCUCAGAGGACAUUGCAAACUGCAAACAGCUCACCCGAUUGCUUUUAGGCGGGAACAAACUUUCUGGAAACCUUCCACGUUCGAUUCCUCUAUUGAACAAUCUGAAAAGGCUUGAUGUUUCACACAACAAUCUCUCUGGAGAGUUGCCUAAAGACUUAUCUAAGAUUUCUGGUCUGACUAUGUUACUCGCCGAAAACAACAAGCUUACAGGGAAGAUACCAGAUCUUGAUUUCAGCAACCUGAAACAAUUCAAUCUCUCAAACAACAAUUUCAAGGGGAGAAUACCAGAUGUUCAUGGCUUGUUUUCUGCAACUUGUUUUUUGGGCAAUCCUGAAUUAUGCGGAGAACCUUUGCCAAAUAGAUGUCCAAACCCACCUGUUUCAAAAACUCAGAUGAUCAUGUAUUCAGGGUAUGUUGCAUCAGCUUUGGUUCUUUUGUCUAUGGUUAUUUUCUUGCUAGCUAGAAGAAAGAAGAAACAAGAGAAGAUUGAAGAAAUAUCAAACAAGCUUGAACCAACUUUUGAUGACAAAACUGACAAGCCUGGUCCUUCACCAACUGAUUAUAAAGCAGAUCAUAUAAGCAUGAGCAGAUCACAGGUUUCAGGUGAAAGUGCAUUAGUUUCUUCAUCUCUGGUGGUUCUGACUAGUCCAGUGGUGAAUGGAUUGAAACUAGAGGACUUGCUCAAGGCUCCUGCAGAGUUGUUAGGUAGAGGAAAACGGGGUACCCUCUACAAGGUCAUCCUAGAUAAUGGAGCGAUAUUGGCUGUGAAAAGGAUAAAAGAUUGGUCUACCUCAAGCAAUGAUUUCAAGAACAAAAUGCAGAGACUGUACCAAGUUAAACACCCGAAUGUCUCGCCGGCACUCGCCUUUUACUGUUCCGAUCUGGAAAAAUUAGUGGUAUAUGAGUAUCAGCAGAAUGGAAGUCUCUUCCGACUUCUUCAUGGGUCCCAAACAGGUGAAGUACUUGACUGGUCAUGCAGACUGGGGAUCGCAGCCACCAUUGCAGAAGCACUGAACUUCAUGCAGCAGGAGCUUAGCAGUGAUGGAAUUAGCCAUGGAAACCUGAAAUCCUGCAACAUCUUAUUCAACAGAAACAUGGAACCUUGCAUUAGUGAGUACGGCAUCAUGGCUGUAGAAGAUAAUCAAGGCAACUCAUCUUCAUCAUUUUCCAUCACCAUUGGUGGCUCCGACGAACAAGAAGCAAUCGGGGGUGCUGGUGCUUUUAGUGCUGACAUUUAUAAUUUCGGUGUGAUUGUUCUUGAGCUACUUACAGGGAAGGUGGCGGAUACGGAUGGAAGGGAGUUGACCAGAUGGGUUCAGUCUGUUGUUAAAGAAGAAGGGAGGGUGGAUGUUUUUGAUAAAAGGUUAAUCUCAGAAGGUGCAAGUGAAGAGAGGAUGGUGAGCUUGCUGGAGGUAGCCAUGAAAUGUGUCAACUCUUCGGCUGAAGCCAGGCCAAGUAUAGAUCAAGUUUCAGUUAUGAUCAACGCUAUAAGAGAGGAAGAAGAGAGAUCUAUCGGGAACCCAUGA